CGAAUGAAUAUACGGUAGUAAUGUAGACAACCCAUUCUCAUACAAGUCAAUCAUACGCUACUUGGCGGCAUAUUUUGUCAACCAUAGUUUUCGAUUUUCCUCUUCUCCCACUCACUCUUUUUUCUCUUUGUUUUCCGAGGCACUUUUUCUACUCUCUCACUUUCAAUUUCAGCUACUUCUCUUUUUCUCCCAUUCCUUUUGUUCCUUUUCUUCUUUUAGAUUUUCUCGGUAUUGCUGAAGCAAGUAGUUGGUGGGAGCUUCUGCAGAACGUUUCUAGGCUUUUUGAUUCAAAUUAUGGCUAGUGAUUCUUUAGUAAUCAUCAAUGGAAAUGGCAUUGACAACUCACCGCCGAAUCCUCAGAGGACUUACCAAGCAGUAGUGAUUGCAACCCGAGAUAUGGGUAUUUCUAAGGAGGGGAUAUUACCAUGGACAUUGCCUACUGAUCAAAAGUUUUUUGAAGACAUCACAACAAUAACAUCUGAUCCUAAGAAGAAGAAUGCUGUUGUAAUGGGUAGAAAAUCAUGGGAGGCUAUCCCUCCCGAGAGCAGACCUCUCAGUGGCCGUCUUAAUGUUGUUCUGACUCGCUCGGGUAGUUUUGAUAUUGCAACUGCAGAGAAUGUUCUUAUAUGUGGAAGUGUGUCCUCUGCUAUGGAACUGUUGGCUGCUUCUCCUUACUGUCUUUCAAUUGAGAAAGUAUUUCUUACGGGCGGCGGUGAGAUAUUUAGAGAAGCACUUCAUGGACCUGGAUGUGAAGCCAUCCAUAUUACAGAAAUUGAAGCGAGCAUCGAGUGUGACACUUUUAUGCCUCAAAUUGAUUUCUCUGUAUUUCAUCCGUGGUACUCGUCUUUUCCUUUGGUGGAAAAUGGCAUCCGCUAUUCAUUUAACACUUACGUGCGCAUAAGAUGUUCAACAGAAGCGUCCCAGGGUCUGAAUACUGAUCCAAUUCUUAAUGAUAGUUCAAACUCUCUAAAAUUUGAGGUCAAGGAUUUUUCUUUUCUUCCCAAGAUUAUUUUUGAGAGACACGAGGAGUACAAGUAUCUUAGAUUAGUUGAAGAAAUCAUUUCUGAAGGUACAACUAAGGAUGAUAGGACAGGGACUGGUACCUUGUCCAUAUUUGGUUCCAAGAUGAGAUUUAAUCUGCGAAAAAGCUUUCCACUUUUAACAACUAAGAAAGUAUUUUGGCGAGGGGUUGUUGAAGAACUUCUUUGGUUUAUCAGUGGCUCAACAAAUGCCAAGGUGCUGCAAGAAAAAGGCAUUCAUAUAUGGGAUGGCAAUGCAUCGAGAGAAUACCUUGAUAGCAUUGGUUUGAAAGAAAGGGAGGAGGGUGACUUAGGACCUGUUUAUGGGUUUCAGUGGAGGCACUUUGGUGCAAAGUAUACUAACAUGUAUGAGGACUACUCUGGCCAAGGAUUUGAUCAGCUUUUAGAUGUUAUUAAUAAGAUAAAGCAUAAUCCCGACGAUCGACGCAUCAUCCUCUCAGCAUGGAAUCCAUCUGAUCUUAAAUUAAUGGCACUUCCACCCUGCCACAUGUUUGCACAGUUCUAUGUGGCAAAUGGGGAGUUAUCAUGUCAAAUGUAUCAACGAUCUGCCGACAUGGGCCUGGGUGUGCCAUUCAAUAUUGCAUCUUAUGCGCUCUUGACAUGCAUGAUUGCUCAUGUUUGUGACCUUGUUCCAGGUGAUUUUAUCCAUGUUAUUGGGGAUACACAUGUUUACCGCAAUCAUGUGAGGCCUUUGCAGGAACAGCUCCAAAACCUGCCAAAACCUUUUCCAAUUUUGAAGAUAAAUCCAAAGAAGAAAGAUAUAGAUUCUUUUGUGGGUACUGAUUUCAAGCUCAUAGGCUAUGAUCCUCACCAGAAGAUAGAAAUGAAGAUGGCUGUUUAGGAAUCUAUGAGAUUCUCAAUCCCUUCUUGAGGCUGUUGUGCUUUUUGAAACAAGGCUUAUCUAAAGGAGGUUUGUGAUAAAUUUAUGGACAAGUAAUAGGAGACUAGUUGGACACACUUCAAACUUUACUUAUUUUACAAUUGUGAAUCCUUUAGUUCCACUCGUGUCGUGGCUCUUAGGUGAUUUAGGUGAACAUUUUUCACAUCUUUACGGCGUGUUUUAAGAUCAAUGGUGUCUUUGUGUUGGCUAUUUGGCUGUAAUUUAUUACCACCCUCGGCCUCAAACCGAAAGAAGGGAGGAUAGAGUUAAAAUGCCUGUUGGAUGUUGUGCUUGCUAUAUAUUAUUCUCUUUGCUUUAUCACAUUA